GUUCGACGGAGUUUUCGAGCUUUGUUUACACCCGAGGUGUGUUUACGUGGUUCCGUAACUCUCGGCGUACAAACGAAAGAAAGUCAUAUUUCUCUCACUCGAAUGAUUCUCUUCCGACGAUUGAACGAAAAAUUGUUUUCGACGAGCAAAAUAUUCCACGUGAGCGAAUCGGCCAGACUUCCUUUUUCAAAUAAAUCUCACCUCUCUUUCGACAACGCGAGACGUUUUGCCGUUGAAUUCGGAACUCUACGUACACGCACGUACGGUCCGAAUAUACGACUUCUGACAAUUUUCCGAACACCUGACAAAACAAAUCCAUCCGAUAAAAAUGAGUAUUACCCAGAUACGAUUUCAUCCAAGUUUUGUCACCGUGCGAACGUUGAAAAUUUCAGAUCGGCGUUCGACUCUGCGACAUUACGUAAUAACCGGUACAUUUCGGUUACACGUGACGUUACGUUAUCUCACAUUGUCGGCAGAAACGAGUAGAAGUCAGAUCGGAUGCGUACGAAAGAAGCUCGUCGAGAGUAGGUACGCGACGAUUUUGUCUAUUCGUGUUUAUCGCAGUAAUCAAACACGUCCGCUAAAUCAUUCAACUUGUACGUGUCGCGAGCUACAGCUGGCCUACAGCCGAAGCAAAGAAAAAACAGAAGGAAAAACACCGAAUGAAUAUUCUAGAAAUUCUUCGUUUUUCCUCCGUCGACGAUCAUUUUCUAGCUAACAAAGAAGAGCGCGGGGAAAAAGGACACGUGCCGUUGAAAAUGUGUCCCUUCGACAACCGCGGUCCCCUAAGUACGACCGCGGUACUCGAAGGCCCGUUCGGUCGACCCUUCCCUCCUUCGGUUAUUCGCUGUCUCGAGUCGCCGUAGAUCUCGUCGUAGCCCGUCCGCUACUUUCUCUUUUGCUUCCCAACAGUCCUAAACCUACAACAAUAGAACUUCGGGUACGGCGCAGAGUCCUUGAACCGGAUUGAGGAGAGAAUUCCAAAAGUAGUCGCCGUAUACCGAUUUGAAGUCCGGUUUUCGAGAGAAAAACAUUAAUGACGACGUGGUACAUAUUUCGCGCGCAUGUUGGUGUUAAAUUUUGGCGGCGGCAAAAAAGAAAGAAACCGAGAGUGGAACGGAACGAAACGGAAAUCACGCGAAAGCCAAGUUCCAAAGAGUCUGAUAAUAUUCCGAGCUGUGUUGAUAACAGCGAUAAUAAUAAUAAUAAUAAUAACAACAACGACAACAACAAUAACAACAACCGAUCUCGUCCGAGUUUAUCAGCUGUAACACGGCGACCCACCGAUACCGUCUCGAGCAUCUAGGCGAUAAGAGGGCGGAGAUAUUAUACGCGUACACCACACGGUCACUCCGGCGCUAGGUUCGAACGAAGCGUCGAGAACGGGAGACGAACGGACGUAACGCCCCGAAUAUGAUGCGUAUCUGCCCUCGAUCGGAUCGGAUCUGGUAUUUUUCACUUCUUCCCUCUUCUUGAAUAUCGAUCGAUCUACCGUGUCCGACGUGCGCGCAGAGCAGAGGGACGUAUCUAUGAAGUAAUCGCCGAGACGGUCCGACCGAUUGGAAGAAUGGAGAAAGAGACGGGAGAGAUGUCGUCAUCUCGCGGUGUUUGAAAACUAUACAUACACACAGUAUAAACACGGUACCGCUGUACGUUGUACGUACGCACGUACGUGUACGGGCAUGUGAUAUCGUCGGGAACCAACGUACGCGUACAAAAGUCAACGGAUUGCGGUUACAUUGAGCGAAUCGCGCGAUCCCGCUGCGGUGGAAAAUUCGCUCGUGGUCCGUGCGAAGGGUUGACUUUUUUUUUCUUUUCUUUUUUCUUUUUCUUUUUUUUUUUUUUUCUUUUCUCGGAUUCCGAGCGAGCGUCGUAUUUCAAAUAAUGGCGACGCGCGCGUCGGCCUAGGUAGCUCGUUGGGAUAGAAUUAGCCCGCACAAGUUCUACUCGCACAUCGCGUGGCGCGUCAAGGCGAGAAACAGGCAUUCCAAGAGAAGUGGAAGAGAGAAAGAAGGAAAAAGAGAAAAAGAAGGAAAUAAAUAUAUUUCCGCCACGCCGGAGGCGUUACGCGCGGCGGUCGGAUUCGUUCGAAGAAAGAGAAACGCGGUGGCGACCGCGUGGAAACGAGUGAGAGGAUCGUCGAAGAAUCGGCAUUCUAGCAGUAUCGCGGCAGCAGCAGCGUCUCAAACGGUACCGUCGCAGAGCGGAACAAGGGCCUGACGAAACGAGGAAAAAGCAAGGCGGUACGGCGGAAAAAAAGAGAACGGAGCAGUAUACCGUUCUCCUUUUGCUCGAAUGCCACUGGCGCUCGCUCAGACCUCGGCACGAGGUUGGUAACCCAGUCACCCAGUCCAGCGUCAUUCCCCGGCUGGUCGGGAGCGCGAAGUGCGCACGUUGUCAACGGUGGUGAAUACAAGUGCCGGUCGUUAUUCGAUUAGGGUUUCGCUACGUACACAGCCGCCGUACGUUAUUAUCGCAGCGAACGCGCCUCCUUUCUUCGGGAAGACCGAUAUCCGCUCGAGGUCGCGGCGGUAUCGAAGAUUCGUCGGCGGCGGUCACCGGAAACUGUAGCGUCAGCAUGGGGGACGUGGACAACGACCUGGAAGAACUGAUGUCGCGUCUCGGCGAUUUCGGCAAGUAUCAGGCAUGGCAAUUCUCGCUGCACGUGAUCUCGGCGCUCACCGCGGGUAUGCACAUGAUGACGCUCGUGACGGUCGCCGCGGUGCCGGAUCACAGAUGCGCGAUACCCGGCGUGGACGCGGACAACUUCACCGCCCACUGGAACAGCUCGGAGGUGCUCGAUUCCAUCCCCAGAAGCGAACUCGGCGCACUCGACUCCUGCCGCAUUUACGGAGCGAACGGGACCACGACGGAUUGCGACUCCUGGGUCUACGACACCACCUACUACCGGUCGUCCAGAGGUAUGGAAUGGAACUUCGUAUGCUCCCGCAGAUGGAUGGGCGCCCUGGCCCAGUCCGCUUACAUGAUCGGGGUUUUCACGGGCGCCGUCACUCUGGGUAGCUUGGCCGACACCCACGGAAGGAAGAAGAUAUUUUACACAUCCUCCGUGCUGCAAACGAUCCUCGGCGUGUCGGUGGCCCUCACGCCCGAAUAUUUCAGUUUUCUGGUCCUCAGAUUUUUGUACGGCGUAUUCGGGUCGGCCGGUGCUUACAUAACGGGAUUCGUCCUUUCCAUGGAGAUAGUCGGACCCUCGAAGCGCACCGUCUGCGGCAUAGCCUUCCAAGCGGUAUUCGCCGUCGGUAUCAUGCUGGUGGCGGGUUGGGGAGCGGUCAUAAAGGACAGAAUGUGGCUUCAGAUCGUCUACGGGCUCCACGGUGCUCUGUUGAUGGGCCAUUGGUGGCUGAUAGACGAAUCGCCGCGUUGGCUCUGGGCUCAGGGGCGCACGAAAGAAGCCCUGGCCAUAAUCCAAAAGGGUUUACGGAUGAACGGCAACGACGCGAACGUCGACGUGGCCCGUUACGUGUCCCGAGGGAAGGCCCGCGAAUCGUCCAGGGACGAACGUGCUUACGGGAUCUCGGACCUCUUCAAAACGCCGAAUCUCCGCAAGAAGUCCGUCAACGUUUGCCUGAACUGGUUCGCGAAUUCCAUAGCGUAUUACGGUCUGUCGCUCGGUACCGGGAGUCUCAAAGGGAAUCCCUUUCUGAUGCUCUUCCUGUUCUCGCUCGUCGAAUUGCCCAGCUACGUCGUCACCGUUCUGCUCAUGGACCGAACCGGUCGAAGAAGUUUAAUAAGCACCACGAUGAUCCUCGGCGGUUUAUGCUGCGUGACGGCGUCUUACAUUCCGCAAACCGAUUACCGAUCCGUCGUCGUGACGAUAUCCAUGUUAGGGAAGGCCUUCAUCGCCUCCUCCUUCGCUAUAAUAUACAAUUAUUCGGCCGAAUUAUUCCCGACGGUAUUGAGAAACACCGCGCUCGGCGUGGGUUCGAUGUGCGCUCGUUUGAGCGGCGCGAUGACACCGCUGAUAAUGUUAUUGGAUUCCUUGGAUCCGAGAGUACCCGCGGUGGUGUUCGGUUGCCUCGCCCUUGUUUCCGGAUUCCUCGCUCUUUACUUACCGGAAACAUUGAACCAACCGAUGCCGCAAAGUUUGGACGACGGUGAAAAAUUCGGCGUCGGCGACACCUGCUUCGCAUCCUGCGUGAGAUCGCGAUCGGCGAAAGACAGAGGAGUUUACGAAGUCGCUCUCCAGGAUUCCGAUUACAAGGAAAUCGACAAGGAUACCGAUCGAGCGUAACGUCGAAUACCGGUUAUCGGUGACGAUCGACUGGUAAUGAUAUCGAUUCCAUUCAUACAUUUCUGUCGUACGAAAUUUCGAAAGAAACAAUUUGGCGUACGCCUUUUACGUACGUACGUAGGUAUACUUUGAUGUACGAAUAGUUCAACACGACUCAUCCGUGCAUGCGUUGGCGUUAAAUCGUCAGGUGCGGUGCAGGUGUACUUAACUUGUCGUCGUUAUUAUUAUUAUUAUUGUUGUUGUUGUUGUUAUUAUCGUUGUUGUCACAGGUUUCUUUCGAACCAUGCGACUUCGUGGGACGCUAUUUACUUAUCCAUUAUUAUCAAUAUUAUUAAUAUUAUCAUUAUUAUUAUUAUCAUUGUUGUUGUUGUUCUUCUUCUUAUUAUUAUUAUUAUUGAUAUUAUUGAUACUUUUCAAUGGAUGAAUUUCUUUUUACACGUGCCGUUGGUUUCGUCUCGUAUGAACGUCGGUCUAAAAUAACUUGGGACACGUGUACGUACGUACGUUCUUAUACUUGUACUUAGGACUGACACGGGGCGGGUUUCAAUAGCGCAAGUGAGAGGGCUUCUCACGCAUGAUAUACACAAGUAUAUAGAAUUAAUAGAUUCGAUUUCGUGCUCUUAAUUAAGUCAUAGAACACUUUGCAUAAUUGGUACUAUUUCGUAACCGUGUGGCGACCUUUGCUCGUUAUUAUCGAAUAUAUCUAUGCAUACGCUCGUAAUGUAGCUUGCUGUGUGUACAAUUAUCAUGUAAUAGAAAAUUAAUUUGAAAAUGAAAUAUAUUUUCCUACAUACAUUAUAUAUUAUAGGAAGCGAUCCGUACGGUGCGAUUCCGAUGAAACGGGUUGCGAUCAACCAGAAUCGCAGGGAACGAUGUUCGGACCAACGUUUCCGAAAAAUCGUGCAAUCGAUGAAUUUUUAUCGAGUGAAUUACCGUACCUCGCAUAUUCGCAAUAGUUUGAAAAAAAUCAUAUUUCGUUAGUUACGACGAAUUUGCUCGUUGCCGUCCGCAUACGAAAUGCUCGAGGGGCAAAAAUGUACGCGGGAGAAGAGAUGAAAUUUACGUGAACGCUAAUCUUACGAGAAAUCUUGAAAUUGUUUACACUUUCGAUUACGUUUUUCGCGUCAAAUUGACACGCUCAUAACGAUUACACCGAUCGAUUCGCAAAUCCCGAAUCGUACACGCGAUCACCGGAUAGACAUUUCACCGCGUUGCUAGGUAGAGAUAUUGCGAUUGCUUUCAAAGUUUUGUAUGCGUAUGCACAUACAUACCAUCUACCAUACUAUACCUAUGUACCUACAUAAUAUGCAUAACGGCAGUAAAUGCAAACUGCCCGUUACUUGUUCGUUAUGUAAAUCUCGUUUUCUCAUUUUUAUUUCGUCUACGAGUGAAAUAAAUUAAUCGAGCUUAUUUUCAAAUAA